AUGGCUGAAUGCAAUUUAAACUGUUCGCCUGUUGUUAAGUGCAAAAAGUGCACGCAAGCUAAACGUAUAUUUGAAGGGGAAAGUUGUGCUCUUUUGUACAACGAUGACGAAGAUUGGUUUGAUGAUGAAGAUGAGGAGUUUGUUUUUACGGACUCAAAUCAAUGGUUUGAAAACGCGUUUGAAUCAGGAAUAAAGGAACGUGAAGACAUGCAGUGGGGAUAUUUGCAAGUAAAGCAAAAACAGUUAGAUGGGGCAAGAAAAAGAUCUAAAACAAUCCUGACAAAGAACAAAGGUGAUAUUAUAUGCACAAACACCAAACAAUACGUCACCUACGAAAUGUUCGCAGAAUCAAGAAAGAAAGCGUUAGAAACAAUUAAGGAACAAAGAGAUAUACUAUAUAAAAUAAAUACAGCUGAAAACCUACUAACAAACCUACUAAAAAAACAAACCUAA